AUGGUGGGGUUUAAUCCUUUUGCAAGUGUGACUGGGAAAUCAAGUGCAACCCUUUUCGAGAUCCGACUUGACAGCGAUAUUAUUGUCCUUCGUGGCGACGAAAAUGACGCUUCCAGUCAACUACUCAAAGGCACCAUCGUCCUCUGCCUUCCACAAUCCCUCAAAGUCGAGGAUGUACAUCUGCGAAUGACGGGACAACUCAAAGCAGGGUGGACAGUCCAGCAGAGCAUGACACCAGGGGUUUCAACGAUUAAAACAGAAAAGACGACGGAGAUAUUCAGUCACAAGUGGGCGCCAUUUGUGGGUGGGCAUGGUCCUGGAUCUUCAUCCAAAGGAACAUUGCUCCCAGCGGGCAACUACGAAUGGCCGUUUGAAUUGAUGAUACCAGGUUCGAUGGCGGAGAGUGUGGAGGGCAUGCGCGACUCACAUAUCGUGUACAAAUUAAAGGCGACGGUUGCACGGGGGAAGUUGGCAUAUGAUUUACACGCUUGGAAACCCGUACGAAUCGUUCGAACCCUCGAUCCAUCGGCUUUGGAAUUGGUGCACGCGAUGACGGUCGAAAAUGUCUGGCCGAACAAGAUUGAAUACCAACUUAUCAUUCCGCAAAAGGCGAUUAUCUUUGGAACGGCAAUCGAUAUAGAAAUGCGAUUUACCUCGCUUUUGAAAGAGCUGAAGAUAGGUAAUAUUAAAUGCGAGCUGAUCGAGACGCAAGAAGUUACGAUUCCUGGAGCGACACCGCAGUUGGAAAAGUAUCACAAGACGACGAGGAGUGUGGAUACGUGGAAUUUUAGUGUCAAUGAUGAAGAGCACUAUCGUGAUAUUCUGGAUGAAAAUGGAGCGGAUGGGUGGGUGCUGAAGGAGAAGAUGCCUCUACCGAAACGAUUACGUUCGUGUGUGCAGGAUGUGGAUGUUCAUGGUCUCAAGAUUCGGCACAAGGUUAAGUUUAAUAUUGCACUGCUCAAUCCGGAUGGUCAUACGUCAGAGCUUCGAGCAACCCUACCAGUCACCAUUUUUAUUUCACCUAAUAUGCCACUUACUUCAGAUGGCGAGUUAGUGGAUCAAACUCCUACGAGCUCUCAAAUAACAAAUGCGUCUCAACAUGCUCCUCCACUCUACGGAGAACAUGUCCUCGAUCAAUUAUACGCCGAUGUAGAUCAAUCUGGAUUUAUGACUCCUGCUCCACAGUCAGGAAUGAAUACACCAUUCUUUGCUCAAUCGAGAGCUGGUUCGACGGAGAAUUUAGCAUCCUUACUUACGGAUACCCAUGCUCAUCCAGCUGGCGCCGUACCACCUGCUGCAUUGUCUUCGAGACUUCAAAAUUUGAAUGCACAUUCGCGGAAUAACAGCUAUCUACGACGAGGAGCAGGAUCUUAUUCUGGAGCCAACACACCACAUUCUCACCCAAAUUCUCUCCCUCAUCACGAAAUCGAUGGAUACUUUCCUAAUGGCCAUUCUGGAAAUGCAUCAGGUCACGCUAGUACACCCCUAAGUCGCCGCGUAAGUAAUGAAGAAGACGAACACCACAGCAAUCGAGCCUCAAACUUCACAUCUGGAGCACACACCCCCGAACACCUCGACUACAACGACCUCGGCGACCUCUCAAAAGUCCCCUCCUACUCCACGGCCGUCAAAACCCCCGCCCGAGGCAUGAGCUACAACGAAAACCUCCCCAACUAUCUCGCAGCUGUCUCGGCGCCUCCAAGUCCGGAACACAGAUACAGCACGCUCGCCACGCCGACGAAUGAACGUCCACCGGAGAUUCAUGGCAGUAAUAGUAAUUCCCGAAAUCCGAUGUCGACGUUGGGGUUUACGCCGAUUAGUCCGCCGCCGAUGGCUUUUACUAAUGAUUCGGAGGAGAGGAGGAGGGUGCUUGUUAUGCAGGGGAGGGAUAGGCAUUAA